AUGUUGAGUUCUGAAUUUUAUUCAAGUCUUUCAAAGGAUUUAACAAGUUUAUUGACAGAUACAUCAGAUUAUAAUAUGAUCAUCAAUGUGGGAGAGAAACCUAAUGUGAAGGAGUAUCAUGUACACUCGAAUAUUUUAAGGGUUCGAAGUAAAUAUUUUUCUAAAGCCGUUAGUGCGGAUUGGGUUAAAAAAAAGGAUGGAAUCAUAUUAUAUGAGAAACCAAAUAUUGGGAGCGAUGUUUUUGAUAUUAUACUAAGUUACAUUUAUGGGGGGAAGAUCACUUUCACCGAUACCACAAGUUCAUGGAAGAUAUUUGAUUGUUUAAAAGCGGCAGAUGAAUUAUGCCUUGAUGAAUUUUUGGAGUACGCACAGGAUUACCUGUUGGAGAAUCGUAAGGAAUGGUUAAAGGACAAUUUAUCUUUCAUGUAUCAAGACACAUUCCCACCAAGUUCUUUAACAAAAAUACAAGGAUAUUGUAUAAAUCAAAUUCGAAAAUAUCCUUUCAUGUUCUUUAAUUCAAUAGAAUUCGUUGACAUACAGGAAGAAUGUUUGAGGGAGUUGGUACAAGAUGAUCACCUGGAUAUUAGUGAAUUGGAAUUAUUCGAAAAAUUAAUUGAAUGGGGUAUGGCCAAGACGAGGGAAUUAAAUCAAACAGACAAUCAAACAUUAAGUGAAAAGAAUUUUGCCUUAUUAUCAUUAACUCUUGAUAAAUUAAUCAAACAUAUCAGGUUUUAUAAUAUGGAUAGUUCGGAAUUUUAUUCAAGGGUCGAACCAUUGAAAUCGGUUCUGGGGACGAAAUUUUAUGAUGAGAUGGAAGUUUAUCAUAAUAAAUCCAGGAUGAAUCUCACAAAGAAAGGUGAAGGAACCUCAAACGGGGUUUCCACCUCUUAUAUACCGAAAUCUAUUAACUUGUUACCACAUCGUGGGGCGAUAAUAUCAAAAAUAAUGAACCUGGAACAAGGGGCGAUGAUUUCAAGUUGGAUUGAUAGGAAGGAUUUACCAUCAGAUGGAAUCGGAAAUAACAAUAAUGAUAUGAGUAGAGCUACUAUCACAACCAAUCGUCAAGGGAGGAUCGCAAGACCGACGAGUGAAGAGAGAGGAAAUGCUUUAAAUAUGUGGAAGAGUAGCGGUCCAAGUUUUGGAAAAUUUGAUAUUUUAAUGCAAAAUGGUGGCAUUAGACUCAAACAUAAAAGUUUUGUUCCAAACAUCAUACCUUUAAAAGACGGUGAGACUUUUAAGAUUGAAGAUUAUGAGGUUUUUGAGGUCACCCAAAAAGUUGAAGAUAGCACAGGUAGGAGAGUAAGAGAUAAUGAGGAGAUUGCUGUCGAAAUCCAAUAA